CCUGGUUCGCUUCUCCAAAGGCCUGCAAAUUUUAAAAAUAAUAGCUUGAAGCUUCUAUCAAAGCGGUACCGUCCUAAUAAUAGACUACUCUACUACAAUAUUGCGAAAACCGAAGGAAGUCCAGCCGACAAGUGCAAUCAGCGGAAGAACAACCUGCCAUAAAAACAAUACGCUCAUACUAGCUAGAUAGUAUCCAUCUCACUUCCUUCAUUCAGCUAGCUACGGUACUAGUACUAGCAAGCAAGCUAGCAAGCAGCACAGCAAACAACCCUUCUUUUCACACACAACCAACAAUCAUGCCGAUUAGUAGUACUCGUACAUACGUGUAUUCUAUUUCCUUUCUAAUCCUCCGCCUCCUGGCAUCGAUUGCGGUGUUGUCGGUUCGCAGCUGGCGGGUAGAAUCGGUUCAUCUCAUUAUCGACGACGACGACGAGGACAGCUUCUUUCUGGAGUCACUCAAUGUACGUCGGACUCGUCAACGUCGACGAGAACUACACGAUGACAACAUUAUUUGGGCUACUACCGAUACUGCCGACGAUAAUAAUAAUGAUAAUAAGCAACCCAACAACAACAACAACAACAACUCAUGCAAGACCCUUCGCGUCUUGCUCACCACCAAUGACAUUGCCUCGGGUUUGAACGAUGGCUUCACUGACUACAGUGAAAUUCGUUUUGGCACCAUUCAGGGAGGAACCGUUCUGCUGUCCAACCCGGACGAUGAAACGGACAAGAUUGGAGCGUACACGGUUCUGACCACCUUCUUGUCCCCCUACAACUAUACCGAUUCUUCCGUGGACUGCAUUGGCACAGGGUCCUACCAGUUUGGACUGGGAAAGCAGAUUUCGUUUUCCAGCACAUGUGCCAGUCUACCCUACUUUACCAUUACGGGAGGCCAAGGCGAAUACCAUGGGGCGACUGGCUUUGUCGAAUUCAUGAUUCCAGAUCCCGACAAGAGAGGAUACUUUCAUGACAUUCGGGUCUGCACACACUGAAUUGAAUUGAAUUGAACAAAAUGAUGAUGAUGAUGAUGAUUGUACAAAUGUAAAUACUAUCAUAGCAUAUAACUAUGUAAAUACGAGACUUGAGCAUACACAGUCGCUUGGGA